AUGGAAAUGAAAAAUUUAAAAAACAAGAAGCAAGAAAAAAUACCUGCUGACAUGGCAGUCAGUAAAAGGCAGGAACAGUUUGAUGGAAACAGGGGUGUUACAGAAAAGAAACCGUUUGAUAAAAAAGCUUACCGUCUAAAAAAAUACAGCAAGAAGUACAAGUUGGACCAGUGGGAGGAGAACCGUAAGAAGAAACUAUUACGAGACUAUUAUAAAGAAGUUAAAAAUGAACCUAAAGACAAUUUGACAGGCUCCUAUAAGGCAAAGUCAUUUGAUGAGGAUACAACAGAUUCCAAUAAUGUUGGCAAGUUCGUCAGACAUCCAGACUUAAUUGAAAAAGAUGAGGAACAAUCCAAAAUCAAAGAUGUACCAAAGAAAGAUCCAUAUCAUAAAGCUAAAGAACACUAUAACAAAGUUAAGGAAGAGAAAUUGCUGAAAAAAGAGAAUAUAGAGAAAGCAAAAGAGGAAAGGAACCAGAAGUUGCAAGAAUAUAAGAAGAAAAAGCAACAGAGGUUUAAAAAGUUGAGCAAGAAGAAUAAAAAAGGGCAGCCAAUGAUGACUGGAAGAUUAGAAAUGUUGUUAGAGAAAAUUCAAAAGAAUGGAAAGUAG